CACAAAAUCUAGACCGGGGGCGGGGAGGGGUGGAGCGAUCUCGGCCCCAUUGGAGGCCCGUGGUCGCCUUAUCCACAUCCAAUUGGCCGCGCGCCCGGUGAUCCAAGCCUGCGAGCCCCGCGACGCACCUCUUCAUGUGCCCCGGCUCUCCUGCAGCUCUCGCACAUACACAUACAUCGCAUUCGUCUCUCACACCCAGCUUGAGAUUCCGCUUGAGCCCCAGAUUUGGUAGCAAUCUGGUGUGGUGCGAUGGCAGCCAUGGCAGCAGCGAAGGCUGAGUUCCUGGGCCAAUCCGUGGUGGCCAGCAAGAGCGAGGUGGUGAGUGAGAGGAAGGGUGCUCUGCGCGUGGUGUCGCUGCUCGGGAAGGCGAAGAAGGCUGCCGCGCCGGCGAAGAAGGCCGCGGGGAAGGCCGCGGGCGCCGUGAAGAAAGCGAGCGUGAAGGUGAAUGUCCCCAGCAAUGAGGAGCUGGCCAAGUGGUACGGUCCGGAUAGGAGGAUCUACCUGCCCGAGGGCCUUUUGGCGAAGGACGAGAUCCCCGAGUACCUGACCGGAGAGGUCCCCGGAGACUAUGGGUACGACCCUUUCGGUUUGUCGAAGAAGCCCGAGGACUUCGACAGGUACCAAGCGUACGAGUUGAUCCACGCGAGGUGGGCCAUGUUGGGUGCCGCUGGGUUCGUUCUUCCCGAGGCAUUCAACAAGUUCGGCGCUGUGUGCGGGCCCGAGGCAGUGUGGUGGAAGACCGGAGCUUUGCUGCUGGAGGGUGACUCCAUCAAGUACUUCGGAGCCACCGUCCCCCUCAAUCUGGCAGCGGCCGUGAUCGCCGAGGUGAUUCUGGUAGGAGGCGCCGAGUACUACAGGUCGACCAACAAGUCUCCUUUGGGAUCGGACUUGGACCGACUCCACCCAGGAGGCGCGUUCGACCCAUUGGGACUGGCGAAGGACCCCGACCAGUUCGCGUUGUUGAAGGUGAAGGAGAUCAAGAACGGAAGGCUGGCAAUGUUCUCGAUGCUGGGAUUCUUCGUCCAGGCAUACGUGACCGGAGAGGGACCAGUGGAGAACUUGUCCGCUCACUUGAGCGACCCAUUCGGGAACAACUUGUUGACAGUUAUCCAGGGAACCGCAGAGCGCGCUCCAAGCCUGUAACUAGAUCAGCCGACAACUUCCCUGUUUCGAUUAUCGAACAAUGGGUAUAUAUGGGUGAAACCAUUGGAUAUUGAUAUC